AUGGACACCAAUCCUUCACCAAGGGAUGGGCCCCCCGUCCCAGAACCUGGCGCCGACGCCAGUAGCCCUCCAGUUUCGCAAUCUUUCCAAGAGGUUCAAGCCCCCUCGCCUACGGCAGUGACCGGGCCUCCGGUUCUUCUACACAAGGCGUCCUCUGGAUCUACUGAAGCCCAGCCUGCCAGUUCCGACAGUGACCUACCUCAUGCCCCCAUGGACAGCUCCGAAGAAAACUUGCUGAAGCUCAAAGUUCACUUGAAACAAGAAGACUUGGGGGUAGGAAGCGCGCCGAUCCAAGUCAAGAACGAGGAUAACGAUCCCAAACAGUUCCCAGGCAUGUGCAAAGCAGCUCAAGACGAAUCGGCUGAUGGACUUGAGGAUGCGCAAAUGCCUGACGUUAUGGAAAUCGACAACGACAGUUCGUCGGACGAUGAAGACAAUGAAGCCGAUUCAGACUUCCACUCUAGAAGCGAGUCUGAUUCUGAUUGCUCCCAAGAAGCUGGCAGACGAGCUAAACGACGACGCUCUAAGCCUGCCACCACUACGUCUCCUCGAGCCUCAGUAAACCUCCAGGAACUCGAGACUCUGCGAAACAAACUGAUUGUGAAGAAGAUGACCGAAGGAUUGACCGGUGAUGAACCCGAGACGUUGGAGAAACUGGAGAAGCAGGUUUCAGAGGCGCAGAGACAGCCCAAGGCAGGAGAGAAAGCCCCAAAAAGGAACAAGAACAAGAAGAAGCGGGCAAAGACUGCUCGAGAGUACUGGCAGAGAGAACUCGGAAACGAACCAGAAGGGGCAGCGAAGAAGCGCAAGAAUGAGGGUGAGGUCGAGGGUCCCAACAAAGCGCAAAAGAACACGACCGGAUCCCAUCCCAAGCAGAGCAUCAAGAACUCGACCGCUGCCACCAGAGCAGACAUGUUGCGCAGCCUUGGCGACAUCAACAAGCGCAUCAUCGAUGGGACUGUGCCAACUAUGGGUGUCAUCCAAGCUCACACCCACCAGGAUCAGAUAAAGCAAAUGGUGGAAAGCAUCCCCAAAGGAUGCGACACCAGGCGCACCAAGACACAGCGCAAAGACCUCGAACAAGCCAAGUCUUCGUUCGGUUACAAGAAGGUUGAAGCUGUCGAUGGGACGUGGAAGCUCAAAGACAUGGAGACUGGUCUGUUGAACUACCAGAUUGUCGCCGCGGCUUGGAUGACCAAGAGAGAAGCCCAAGAUCUGCACCCCGCCGGAGGGUUGCUAGCCGACGACAUGGGACUGGGCAAGACAAUCACCACGCUUGCUUGCAUCAUUGGCCAUCCCCCAGAGAAGGAAGAUCGCGACGAGUUCAGCAGAGCGACACUUGUCGUUGUGAACAACCAGCAAACUGCAAACCAGUGGUCUGAGCAAAUCGAGAAGCACUGCCCUGAGGCCUUCUUUUCCAAAACGUGCAUUUACUCCAAGAACAUCCCCUGGAAAGCGGCGCAAUGGGGUCGACGCAACAUAGUGAUCACCACCUACGCGGAGCUGGUGGCGCAGUUUCCCAAGAAAAAGGCCGUCCAGGCACUGAAGGCAAUGUGGGCUAGCGACAGGGUGGGCUUCGAGAAUGCCCUGCAGCGCGGGCUUGGGAAACUCUUCAAGGUCAACUGGUACCGAGUCGUUCUAGAUGAAGCCCAUGCCAUCAAGAACCGCACAUCCGGCAUCACUUUUGCCUGCUGGCAGUUGAGUGCCAAGUAUCGAUGGGUAGUCAGCGGAACGCCCAUUUCCAACUCGAUAGAAGAGUUCUAUCCGUACCUGAAGUUCCUCGGAUGCAGUUUUGCUGUUAACCUAGGAAGGUUCAAGAGCGAGUACAUGGACGGGAGACAAUCAAACGACAACUUCGCUGCGCUUGUCAGCAUGGUCAUGUACAGACGGAAGCAGGAUGAAGCCUUCAUGGGAUACAAGAUCGUUCCCCUUCCGAAGAUUCACAGCCAGGAUCUCUGGGUUCCCCUUGAGGAUUGGGAAAAGGCCUUGAUCCAAGCAGUGGACAACCGCUACGAAAGUGAAAUGCCCGACGAGGAGGCGAACGAUCAGGAACAGGGUGAUGAAGGCGAACCGCCUGCAGAAGAGGCGAAUGAUCAGGAGCAAGAUGACGAAGCCAAACAUGAGGAUACUGACCAAGACUUGGAACCUGCUCACGAGGAAGACAAUGAUGCAGCAAAGGCAGAGGAAGAUGCUACUGACAAGGAAGAUGAUGAUGCAGCAGAUGCAGAGGAAGAUGUCGCCCUCAAGCACCAGACUGCCUUUUCGAUCCGAAACACCCGAUGCGUAAGAUUGCGUCAAGGCAUCUCCCACCCACUCAAUCUCGAGAAGUUUCUUCGAGAGAAAAGCCGUGAGGAAGACAUUCAGCAGGCGAUCGAGAAGCUCAAAGAAGAGGCCGAAAAGAUUCAGAAUGAUUCCGACGAGGCCCAGACUCACGCCGAACAGUUGGCACAGGACAAGGCCGUCAGAGACAAGUUCUCGGUGGGAGCCCAUCAGAUCGAAACCCUGUACAAGGACUUGUUCGGCGGCGCGGAAGAGAUGGCCAAGCUGCGUGCCCUUGCUACCAACGAGCAUGAAGUUCAGGAGGUGACUUGCGGUCUCUGCAAAAAGGCAAACCCUCCCGUGUCGCCAACGCGAGGAGCAAAUUGCGAGCACAUCUUUUGUGAGCGGUGCCUCUUUGUCGGCAUUCCCAAGGGGAUGCGUUUGGUGAAGGUUGAGUUCAUAUGCCCUGUCCCUGGAUGCUCAGCCAAACUCGCCGUGGGUGAGGACGUGACGACUCCCGAGUGUAUCAAGACAGCCAUGAACAGCGCCAAGGAGAGCAAGGACUUCCAGGAACCUGGCCGGGACAGCAUUGGAACCAACUGGACUGGUGAUGCUGAGGGAUACAAUUCCUUCUUCCACGCCACGUGUGGCCGUGAAGACAUCCACUUUGGUCCUGUCAAGAUGCCUUGGGGCUCCAAGGUCAAAGCUACCGUGGAGGUGAUUCUUACGUGGCUCAAGGAAGCGCCCGAGGACAAGAUGAUUGUCUUUGUUGAGUUCACCAGAACUUCGAAAGCACUUGGGUGCAUCCUGGAGACGCUGGGAAUUGACUUUCUGUACUACAACGGGACGGUCACCAACAAGCGGAAAGAUUUGGCUCUGAAAGAGUUCCGAGAGAACCCCGAGCGGAAGAUUCUUCUGGCAUCAAUGAAGUGCGGUGGGCAAGCCUUGGACUUGCCUGUCGCCAACCGCGUCAUCAUUGUUGACAUUUGGUGGAACAAGACGGUCGAGCAGCAGGCCUUCAAGCGAGUUCAUCGAAUCGGACAGAAGAAGGAGACGCAUCUCGUGCGGAUCAUGGCCAGAGGCAGCAUCGACGAGCGUCUCUACAUGCUACAGAACGCGAAGGAGGCGAUUGUCAACCGGGCUCUCCAAGAUGACGGACAUGUCCCCAACUUCACCGAAACCCAGGCACUCCAGUGGUUGUUUUCGGACAAGAGUGAAGAUGAUCUGAUCCAAGAUAUGGAUGCAAAGGCCCGGGCAAAGAAUGGCAAGGGGAAGGGGAAGAAGAAGGCCUGA